UUCUUUCUUUCUUUCUUUCUUUCUUUCUUUCUUUCUUUCUUUCUUUCUCUGCGGAAUUCCUUGCUUCUUACAUAAUCCUCCCAAUAUCAAAAUCAACAUUCAGACACACAUCUUUCUGCACACAGCAAAACCUCUGUCAACUGAGCCUCGAUUAUCCGAUUCCCGCAUUAAACGACUGAAUUUCAACCACAUCGGUUGCGAUCGGUUUCCACCGCCGAGUGUGUUUAAAGCGAUGUCCACGCGGUACAGUUCAUUGAUCUAACCUCACACCCAUAUUUUGCUGAGUAUUAUGAUCACUUCUGGACAUUUAGAGAAUUGGUUAUUAUCGGGAAAAGACAAGAAACAACCCGCUGGUCCCCGUGGAUGCUGAACCCUUACUCCUUCUUGUUCAUUACAACAUAGCAAGCAAAUCAACCUCCAGUUCAUGCGAUGGACAGAAUGACUGAUAUAUUCACUAUUUUAAUACAGGGACUCCCAUGAACAUCGCUCACGAGUGACUUUUGCCGUCGGAUUGUGCGUGCGAAACGCCCGCAUCAUCCGCCGACGAGGAAAAUCUGUAUUGAGUCUUUACUUAUUUGUUCAUAUCCAUGACCACGUUCCCCUUUCCCUCGCUCAUUCGACCCGUGGUUCCCCCCAUUUAGUCCGGUUACACGAGGUUUCACGGGAUUAACACACGCAGUUACCAAAACGUCGUUUCGCCAAGCUUAAUGCCAGAAUACAAAAUUCUACACUUGUCAUCUCACUGCCUUCUUCACUUGCGUACACCGUGCCAUUGUUUCAACCUAUAACCUUAUCACGCGGACGAGCGGGUAUUGCCUGGGAACCUUCAGAGCCGAAAACUUUCUAUUUUGCCACGGUUAAACGGAGCGUCUCUCAUCGUUGCCUCUCCACGUGUCUGCACUCAGUCUCGCUCAUUCGGGCUCCAAAGGGCUAAGGUAAAAACUUCAGGCGAAAUACUGUGGUGUGGUAACACUUCAGACUUCAGUUCUUUCUGCAGUGGUUCAAUGUGUCGGAGUUCGAAGAAGAUCGAUUCUGAGUCGGCUUUUACUCUCGCUGUCGCAGGUUACAGUUAUGCGCCGAACUUGAGACUCCCGCUCGUCGCUUCGUUCUGUUUAACUUCGUGGAAGUGUCUCAGCAGAGCAAAGAACUGCUAGAACUGCCUGUAGAGGAGCUGCAAGCGAUAAUCGAGUCUGAUGAACUGAACGUGAAGGACGAGAAAGUUGUGUGGGAGUGCAUUCUCCGGUGGAUCAACCACGACCAGGACAACAGGAAAGGCCAAAUCGCGGGCCUUUUGAAGGGCGUCAGACUGGGACUUCUUGACGCAAAGUUUUUCAAGGAGAAGGUAUCAAAUAAUCCGUACGUGACGGAAACUGAGGAGUGCAAACCCGUGAUCUCGGAGACGCUCGCGUUUCUGCACGACGUGGAAAGGUUGACGAAGGAAGACAAGAACUUCGUGACACCAAGAAUUGCCCGCCCGCGAAUCCCACAGGACAUUAUUUUUGCUAUUGGUGGGCUUUAUAAAAAAUGGGUGACAGAUGUGAUCGAAGCGUACGACGCACGAGCAGACCGAUGGAGUAUGGUGGAGGGUGUCAAGUGUAUCGGUCCGCGGGUCUGCCAUGGCACGACAGUAGUCGGUUUCGACAUUUACGUCAUCGGUGGUACCGACGACGGAUUUGGUGGUUUAAGCUCAUGUUUCUGCUUUAACUCUGUUACGAAGACAUGCCGCAAUUUGGCGCCUAUGUAUGAUUGCAGAUCCGCUUUAAUGGUGGCAGUUCUGCGAGGUGCAGUGUACGCCAUCGGCGGUUGCGAUGGACGUAGGUAUCACAGCACGGUUGAAAGAUACGACUGCAAGACGAACCAGUGGUCUUUGGUAGCUCCCAUGAACAGAAGACGACGCGGUGCAAGUGCGGCUGUGCUGAAUGACAAAAUAUACGUCGCUGGUGGAAGUAAUUUUAACGGUGUUCUACACUCGGUGGAAGUUUAUGACCCGGACACCAACCGAUGGACGUUCGUUACAAGAAUGCUUUCUCAACGUGAGGAUUUUUCUUGCGUCACGUUCCACGGCUGUCUAUACGCCAUAGGAGGACACAACGGGCCAUCAUACGUGGCCAGCACCGAAAAGUAUGACCCUGCAGAAGACACGUGGACUGAGAUCCCUGACCUGGGCGUCUAUUCUGUUUACUUGAGCGCAGAAGUUUUUUGUCUUCGGUGGACAUUUUGUAGAGGACAACUUCUUCCCCCAUAGCGCACGUUUCAAUGACAAGGAAAAUCGAUGGUACAAGGUGACAAAUAUGAAUGUUCGUAGAUUCCGGAUGUCGACUUGUGUCAUCAAGAACCUACCGAAUGCAAGCGAUUACGCCUACAAACACAGAGACAAAUUAAUGGAGGAAAAACUUUAAAAAAUGUUGGAUUGUGAAAAUCAGUAGUUUGCAGUUGUUUACAACCACGAUGAACACACAAAUUUUAAUUACUUUCCUUACGAAUAUAAUGAAGGCGACAAUUGUCCUUAGCUGAGAGGAUUACAACGGGAAGAUCCGAGCCCUUCUGGAAGCCCCGAGGUAUAGGUUAUUGCCCAAGGACCUUAAGGAAGCCGUGGAAGGGAAGACCACCCUCCUCCUCAAGAAGUCAACACUUCCCGAGGUUAUCCUACAGCUGCGGCCCCAGGGUUCGAGGCCUCCUAAUCUGUAGGGGCUACCAAAGAUCCACAAGGAAGGAGCUCCGCUCAGGACCAUCAUGAGCACCAUCAGCGCCCCAGCCCACCGUCUUGCCCAGUAUCUCGUGGGACUACCUGGUGGAUAGGUGGGGCACUCUCCACGUCAUGUGAAGAACUCCACCAAAUUCAUGAAUACCAUGAAGUCCCUCCGCGUGGGCCCUUGUGACAUCAUGUUCAGCUUCGAUGUCGAGACUCUCUUCAUCAUGGUGCCCAUUGGUUAGGCCCUACGUCUCCUGGAACGGCACUUGGAUGGAGAAGUCUUGAGGGUCUUCCAGCUUGAACUAACAUUAUCCUUCUUUAAGUCUCUCGUAAAAGCGAUAGUGAAACUUGGGUUAUCGUAGAGGCUGGAAAUUGACGAUUUGAGACUGUAUUAACAUUGAAGGACUGUAUUUCUCGGAAUUGGAUUUGGUUCGUCAAGUUCUGUUAAUCACAAUCUUCGGUGUGGUACAGAUACAACGAAUCUAAGACUAAAACGUCUGAGAUAUGCUGAUUAUGUUAUGUAAUAACGGCAUUUAUGGUCGUGACGUUGUCCGCAGGUUGCCCAUACAGAAUUUUAAUAAAUAUUUCCAUUCCUGUUUGAUUGUGGUAAAAUAGAGCGUCGGCAUUCACGCCCUGUCGUGGAAUUUUUCGGAAAUGUGGAGCGUCUCCUGCUGGCCUAAAGAAAACAUCCCUUAGCAAGUAAGAGGAAAGGGAUAUUUAUUUCUUGCUGUCUGUAAUGCAGUAUAGAGGGCAGCUCUAUUUCCUAUUCAAGGUCACUGACAUCUUUCGUGAAUCCCUGCCCGAAGUUUGGUUUUCGUGUGGCUGCGUUAAGGGCCCACGCGUCUUGCAGUCUGCCUGGUCCCAGACGCUGUGAUGGUUGAAGAGGGGAAGUCCUUUCAGGAUGGAAAGAGGGGGAAAGCGAAUGACCUUGACAGGACACAGGAAUCACUUGCACUUGCACAAACUAGUUUCUCCAUGCCCAAUAAAAUGAGUUGUGAAUUAGGACACUGAGAGGAAAUGUGAAAUGUUAAUGGGUUCUUG